GAAAUUCCAGUGAUUCAGAAGAAGAAGACCGGAGUACCAGCAGCAUAGAAAAUCAGGCCAUCCCAAACUCUCACAGGGUGCCAGAUUCCAAAUCGCAUCCACCGCACAUCAAAAUAGAUAUCAUCAGGAAAGUGCAAGCCAAAAAUACGCAGCGCUAUAAAGUGGAAUAUGAUUCACAGAGUACGGAUACACUGAAUUUCUCUUCUGAAUCCAAACAAGAGACUGAAUACGGUCCCUGUCGUAGAGAAAUGGAAGACACUUUAAACCACCUAAAGAUCCUGAAUGUCUUGAGUCCCAGGGGUUUUCAUAUUCCAAAUUGUGACAAGAAGGGGUUCUACAAGAAAAAGCAAUGUCGCCCAUCCAAAGGCCGAAAGAGAGGUUACUGCUGGUGCGUGGAUAAGUACGGACAGCCGCUUCCUGGGUACGAUGGGAAGGGAAAAGGAGAUGUCCACUGCUAUAACUUGGAAAGCAAAUGAGGGCUG